GGUCACAUGAUUCUUUCAGCUACUGGGUUGAUGAGAAAUCUCCUGUGGGACCAGACCAAGCUACAGCCAUCAAACGUUUGGCCAGAAUUUCUUUGGUUAAAAAGAUCAUGAAGAAAUGGUCUGUGACUCAAAAUCUGACUUUCAAAGAGCAGUUGGAAGGUGGGAUCCGCUACUUUGAUCUUCGUGUAUCUUCCAAACCUGGGGAAAUAGGACAUGAGAUUUACUUCAUACACGGCUUGUUUGGCAUCAAAGUAUGGGAUGGACUGAAGGAGAUUAACACCUUUCUCGAGCAGCACCCCAAGGAAGUAGUCUUCUUGGAUUUCAAUCACUUCUACGCCAUGGAUGACAACCAUCACUACUUCUUGAUCAACAGAAUCCGCUCAGCGUUUGGAUCCAAACUUUGUUGCAUUGAAUUUGUAGAGUAUGUGACGUUGGAGUACAUGUGGGAGAAGAAACACCAGGUUCUCAUAUUCUACCACUACCCUCUGUGUCAGGAAUACCCUUUCCUGUGGCCAGGGAAUAAAAUACCAGCACCGUGGGCUAAUACAACCAACGUGCACAAAUUGUUACAGUUCCUGGAGACCACUCUUGAGGAGAGAAGUCGUUAUGGGACUUUUCAUGUUUCUCAAGCAAUUCUCACACCUCGAGUGAAAACUAUUGCACAGCAUCUAACUCGCGGUCUGAAGAACACACUUGUUCAUAGGAACCUGCCCAUGAUUUUGAAUUGGGUGAAAGCACAGAAGCCAGGUGUGAGGGGUGUUAACAUCAUUACAUCAGAUUUUGUGGAGCUGGUUGACUUUGCUGCUACAGUUAUUGCAUUAAAUGACCUCCUUUUAGAAGAGGAUGAACCUCCAGCUAAAUCCUGA